AUGUUGUGGAGUCUCCAACAAGGACAUUUGAGCACACUCAUCAAUAUCAUAGUUGGUCAAUACUUUGUAUCGCUAUCCUCUGUGCUGAUCGUGCAUAAUGUAACCCGAGAGUCGACCCCUCUCCAAUUGGAGUAUCUGGAUGCAUUGCAACUGGCAUUUAAUAAUCUCAGUCAACCGCUGAAGCUGCAAUGGAUCAAUGUGGCUAAGAUACCCAAUGACGAUACUCUCGAAUGGCAAAUUCUUCGCACUGUCAACUCCAGUGUUACCGAAGGCUUUAUAACGGUGUUGCCACAGACGCAGAAUUUCCUCCAUGCACGCUACUUUGCCACGCGCAACGCCAAUGUGAGACUUAAGGAUAAAAUGUAUCUGUUUUUGUGUGAGCAUGAAAAUCCCAAGGAUUUGCUAAGCAUGGAACUAUUGCAAUUCUACCCACACCAUCUGCUCGUGCGGCCACAUCGGGAACCUAGAGGAGUUGCCGAAGUUGAAGCUGAAGCUGCCACAGGCACUUUGCCACACCGCGACAUCAAUUUCGAACUGUGGACACAAAAGUUUGUCGGUGCCAGUGGAAAUUUGGAUGCCAUACUCUUGGACGCAUUCUUGCCGAACGAAACUUUUGCCAACCGAGUCGAACUUUAUCCCAACAAGCUGCUCAAUCUGGAGAGGAGAACGCUUCGCAUGGGCUCCAUUACUUAUGUGCCAUACACAGUUACUAAUUAUGUGGCAGCUGGUACUGGAAAUGAGGAUCCAAUUAGCCCGCAUAUGGGCAAUCGCUCCAUUGCCUUCGAAGGAUCCGAGGCGAACAUUAUGAAGACCUUUUGUAAGGUUCACAAUUGUCAUCUACGUGUGGAGGCCUAUGGCGCUGAUAACUGGGGCAGCAUCUAUGAGAAUGAAAGUGCCGAUGGCAUGCUGGGUGACAUUUACAAACAACGCGUGGAAUUGGCCAUUGGUUGUAUUUACAAUUGGUACGAUGGCAUCACUGAGACCUCGCAUCCCAUAGCCCGAUCUGCAGUAACCAUUCUGGGUCCAGCUCCAGUUCCUUUGCCCGCUUGGUGCACUGAUAUACUGCCCUUUAAUCGGUCCAGUUGGCUUUUGUUGGUUUUUACGAUCGCCGUCUGCAGUUUUGUUUUGUAUUUUCUAAGAUAUUCCAACUACUUUCUGGGUAUGAGCGGAUCACAAAAGACAUUUAAGCAUACUCAGAAUCUGGAGAAGUCAGCAGUGGAUAUAUUUGCGCUCUUCAUUCAGCAACCAUCGGCGCAUUUAACCUUUAAUCGCUUUUCCAUACGCUUCUUUCUGGCCACAUUGCUGUGUGCAACGAUUACUUUGGAGAACAUCUACAGUGGGCAACUCAAGUCUCUGCUCACAGUUCCCUUUUAUGGUGCACCUGUGGACACCAUUGAGAAAUGGGCGCAAUCCCAAUGGAAAUGGGCAGCUCCAUCAAUUAUUUGGGUGCACACAGUGGAACAGUCGGAUCUCUUGACGGAACAGAUACUCGCAAGUAGCUUUGAAGUCAGGGAUUAUGACUUCUUGUACAAUGCCAGCUUUCGGCCGAACUAUGGACUAGGGAUCGAGCGCAUAAGCUCCGGGGCCUUGAGUGUUGGAGAUUAUGUGACGCUGGCAGCUUUAGAGGAUCGCAUUGUUAUGCGCGAUGAUCUUUAUUUUGACUGGACGCGUGCUGUGUCCAUACGUGGCUGGACUUUAAUGGAGCAGCUAAACCGGCAUAUUCGCACCUGCCAGGAGACGGGUCUCUUUACGUUCUGGGAACUUGAGUUUGUGGCCAAGUAUACGGAUAAAAAUAAGGAUCAAAUGCUGAACAAUCUGGUCAAUGGCUAUGUGUCCAAGAAGGCACCGAAACCACUUGUCGUGGAUGACAUUUCCGGCGCGUUGUUUGUCCUUGCCUUUGGCUUCAGCAUUGCCGGAUUUGUCUUGUUGCUGGAGCUGCUGUGCGCACGGUUGUUGUACAUGCAACGACGUCGCAACUAAUUUGCGGUUUACAGGUGAAGCUGGUGAACAGGUGAACUGAUUGUUUGCCUAGCGGC